CAAGUAAUUAUCUACAAGAAACUUUAUAUUUAAUUCAAUAUAUUUGGGCUUUAUGGUAUCAAAGUCUUUGGUUUACUGCUGGUAUACAGUCAAGUCAGAGAAUCGAGGCUCUUAAUGCAUUACUUAAAACAGGUGUAGAUCAUACAUCAUCUUUAUAUCAUUUGUAUGAAAAGUACCAACGGCUAUUUGAUAAUCAGUCAGAAUACUCACAGCUUGAAGAAUAUCAGAAUAGUAUACCUACUAGAGGAUUACCAAUUGCGUCACAAUUUGUAAUACCUCAUAUAUUGUCGAUACAAAGACAACAAAUAAAUGAAUCAUUACUUUAUUGUGCAGCAUGUUUAGAAGUAUCUGAGUUUAAUAAUAACAAGUUAGAAAGUGAUGUUCCUGAUAGUAAUUUUACUAAAGAUCUUAAUGAUUAUCCUCGAAUACUGUUGUCUAGCUUAUUAGAGAAUGUCAAUUAUAAUGAUCAACAAAUUAGCUAUGUUAAUUUAUUAUCGAGUUAUUCAUAUAUUUCUUUAGCAAUUGCAACAGAUAUAACAACUUCACCAGAAGAAAUGCAUAAUUCAUUCAAUUUGGAAUAUCUAAAGCAGAUGAGAAGUAAUAAUAUGAUGAGUUCAGAAAUGUCACAUAAUGUUAGUAAAAAAAUGAGAUAUUUAACUAGAUUUGGAGUUCUUAAAAAAGCUCUAAAUUUGUCUAUUUCUUUGAACUGUGACGAUGAAUUGUUGAACAUUUUAUAUCACUUUAUUGGAAAUAAGCAAAAAUUAAGUACUAAUUAUUCUACAAUAAAUAAUAAUAACAACAAAGAUCACACAAAUACAAAUCAGAAUUCUGAUAAUUCUUAUAUUCCUAUUCAAAUAACUGAUCCUCUUGUGGUUCGAAAAAGAGAAGGAUCUUCUAAUCAAUUAAAAUCAUCAACAGAGUACAAUAAUAUAAUAACUAAAUACAAAAAACAGGCAUUAGCACCUUUAAAUGAGAAUAUACAAUUGAAUAAGUUUAUAUUCAAAGAAUCUAAUAAUAUUUAUAAUGAGGUUAAUCAAGAUAAUAAAUUUUCAGCUGAUAAUCAGGUGUGUGAAGGAGAUGCAGUAAAUAAAUAUAAAUGUAGAGUUUGUGGUAGUUUUGAACAUAAUGCUCAAAACAAAAAAAAGUGUUCUCAACAAAAUUCUUUAUAG